AUGGGCGGAGAACAACUAAGAUGGGACGGCCAGACCGUCGUGGUGACCGGCGCCGGAGGUGGUCUGGGACGAGCAUACUCCCUCUUCUUCGGCAGCAGAGGUGCUAAUGUCGUUGUCAACGACUUGGGAGGGAGCUUCAAGGGCGAGGGUGGCAGCCAGACUGCCGCGCAAAAGGUGGUGGACGAGAUCGUUUCGGCCGGCGGAAAGGCAGUCGCAAACUACGAUUCGGUCGAGUACGGCGAGAGGAUCAUUCAGACGGCCAUCGACAACUAUGGCCGCAUCGACGUGCUCAUCAACAAUGCGGGCAUCCUGCGAGAUAUCAGCUUCAAGAACAUGAAGGAUGAGGACUGGGACCUGAUCAUGAAGGUACACGUUAUUGGAGCGUACAAGUGCGCAAGAGCUGCAUGGCCACAUUUCCGCAAACAAAAGUACGGACGUCUGAUCAGCACAGCGUCUGCAGCUGGUCUCUUUGGAAGCUUCGGACAAUGCAAUUACUCGGCGGCUAAGCUCUCGCAAGUUGGCUUUACCGAAGCUCUGGCGAAGGAGGGUGUCAAGUACAACAUCCUGUGCAACACCAUUGCGCCUAUUGCAGCCUCGCGUAUGACUGCGACUGUCAUGCCAGAGGAGGUUUUGAACAACCUCAAGCCGGAGUGGAUUGUACCACUCGUUGCCGUGCUCACGCACAAGUCCAACACCAGCGAGACUGGCGGUAUCUUCGAGCUUGGUGGUGGACACAUGGCCAAGUACAGGUGGGAGCGCUCGCGUGGUGCUCUCCUCAAGGCUGAUGACACCUUCACUCCCGGCGCCCUUCUCCAGAAAUGGAGCGAUAUCGAGGACUGGACGAACCCACAGCACCCAACUGGACCAAACGACUUCAUGACCCUCCUCGAGGACGCACAGAAGCUUCCACCAAACCCUAGAGCCCAGGAGCUCGACUUCAAGGGCAAGGUUGCGGUCGUCACUGGCGGUGGUGCUGGUCUCGGCCGAAGCUACUGCUUGACAUUGGCCAAGUACGGUGCGACUGUCGUUGUGAACGACCUCGCAGAUCCAGAGCCAGUCGUGCAAGAAAUCCAGAAGCUGGGAGGCAAGGCUGUGGGCGUGCGAUGCAGCGCCGAAGAUGGCGACAAGAUCAUCAAGACCACGAUCGAUAACUACGGCCGCGUCGACAUUCUCAUCAACAAUGCUGGUAUUCUGCGGGACAAGUCUUUCCACAACAUGGAGGAUAAGAUGUUCCAGCAAGUCCUCGAUGUCCAUCUUCGCGGCACCUACAAGACCACAAAAGCUGCUUGGCCUUACAUGUUGAAGCAGAAGUAUGGCCGCAUCGUCAACACCACCAGCACAUCAGGUAUCUACGGCAACUUCGGUCAAGCCAACUACGCUGCCGCCAAGUGUGGUAUUCUCGGAUUCUCUCGCGCACUUGCACGUGAAGGCCAGAAAUACAACAUCUAUACUAACACCAUCGCACCAAACGCCGGCACCAACAUGACCCGUACAGUCAUGCCAGAAGAGAUGGUUCAGGCCUUCAAGCCAGACUACGUCGUACCAAUCGUCCUCAUCAUGGUCUCUGACAAGAUGCCAAACCAGCCGACUGGCCGUGUCUUCGAGAGCGGCUCUGGAUGGGCUGGUGAGACCAGGUGGCAGCGAACUGGAGGCGCUCAGUUCCCGAUCGAUGAGAAGCUUCAACCAGAGACUGUCGUUGCUGCGUGGGACAAGAUCGUCAACUUCGACGAUGGCCGUAGCGACAACCCAUCUGAUGUCUCGGCAGCCAACGAGAAGAUCAUGGGCAACUUCGAGAACAGGAAGAACAAGGGUGGUAGCUCCUCUGGUGGUGAUGACUGGGUCGCGAAGAUCGAGGAGGCCAAGAAGGCAAAGGCUGACGGUACCGAGUUCGCAUAUGACGAGCGCGAUGUCAUUCUCUACAACCUGGGUAUUGGUGCCAAGCGAAGCGAUCUACCUCUCGUCUUCGAAGGCCACGACGACUUCCAGGCUGUCCCAACCUUCGGUGUCAUCCCACCUUUCAACGCCGAGACUCCAUACCAGCUGUCCGACAUCGUACCCAACUUCUCUCCAAACAUGGUCCUCCACGGCGAGCAAUUCCUCGAGAUCCGAUCAUUCCCGAUUCCCACUGAAGCGACGCUCGUGGCCUACCCUACUCUUGUCGAAGUGCAGGACAAGGGCAAGUCUGCGGUCGUUGUCCAGGGCAGCAUCACCAAGGACAAGAACACUGGCAAGGAGAUCUUCUACAACGAGUCGACUGCAUUCGUGCGUGGCUCGGGUGGUUUCGGCGGCUCCAAGAACGGCAAGGACCGUGGUGCAGCAAGCAAGGUCCACAGCCCACCAAAGAGACAACCCGACGUCGUUGUCGAGGAGAAGACAAGCGAGGACUUGGCUGCCAUCUACAGAUUGUCUGGCGACAGGAAUCCUCUCCACAUCGACCCCGACUUCGCCAAGGUCGGUGGUUUCGACGUGCCCAUUCUCCACGGUCUCUGCUCGUUCGGUGUUGCCGGUAAGGCCAUCCUGAAGACGUACGGCCAAUUCAGGAACAUCAAGGUGCGCUUCGCGGGAACUGUACUGCCCGGACAAACGCUCGUGACGGAAAUGUGGAAGGAGGGCAAUCUUGUCAUCUUCCAAGUGAAGGUCAAGGAGACCGGCAAGCCUGCCAUCUCAGGUGCCGGCGCAGAACUUGUCGAGGGCGCGAAGCCGAAGUUGUAA